CCACUGUACCACCAUCAAAUAUUUUACUGCUACACCACCAGAUGUUCCACUGUUCCAUCAUCAUAUGUUCCACUGUCCCACCAUCAGAUGUUCCACUGUUCCACCAUCAGAUGAUCAACUGUUCCACAUUAUCUGUUCCACCAUCAUAUGUUCCACUGUUCCACUGUCAGAUGUUCCACUGUUCCACCAUCAGAUGUUCUACUGAUCCACCAUCAGAUGUUCCACUGUUCCACCACCAGAUGAUCUACUGUUCCCCUUUUUCUGUUCCACUGUUCCACCAUCAAAUGCUUUACUGUUCCACCAUCUCUGUUCCACUGUACUACCAUCAAAUGUUCUAUUGUUCCACCGUCAGAUGUUCCACUGUUCCACCAUUAGAGGUUCUACUGUUCCAUCAUGAUUGUUCCACUUUUCCAUCAUCAGAUGUUCCACUGUUCCAGCAUCAGAUGUUCUACUCCUCCACCAUCAGGUCUUCUACUGUCCCACCAUUAGGUGUUCUAAUGUUCCACCAUCUGUGGUCCACUCUUUCACCUCUUCUUUUAUGCUGUUCCACCAUCAGAUGUUCCACAGUUCCACCAUCUCUGUUCCACUGUUCUAACAUCAUAUCUUUCACUGUUCCACCAUGAGAUGUUCCACUGUUCCACCAUCAGAUGAUCUACUGUUCCACAUUGUCUGUUCCACUGUUCCACCAUCAUAUGUUCCACUGUUCCAACGUCAGAUGUUCCACUGUUCCACCAUCAGAUGUUCCAUUGUUCCACCAUCAUAUGUUCCACUGUUCCAGCAUCAGAUGAUCUACUGUUCCACAUUAUCUGUUCCACUGUUCCACCAUCAUAUGUUCUACUGUUCCACCAUCAGAUGUUCCACUGGUUCACCAUCAGAUGAUCUACUGUUCCACAUUGUCUGUUCCACUGUUCCACCAUCAUAUGUUCCACUGUUCCAACGUCAGAUGUUCCACUGUUCCACCAUCAGAUGUUCCACUGUUCCACCAUCAUAUGUUCCACUGUUCCAGCAUCAGAUGAUCUACUGUUCCACAUUAUCUGUUCCACUGUUCCACCAUCAUAUGUUCUACUGUUCCACCAUCAGAUGUUCCACUGGUUCACCAUCAGAUGAUCUACUGUUCCACUGUUCCACCAUCAUAUGUUCCACUGGUUCACCAUCAGAUGAUCUACUGUUCCACAUUGUCUAUUCCACUGUUCCACCAUCUCUGUUCCACUGUACCACCAUCAAAUAUUCUACUCUUCCACCAUCAGAUGUUCCAUUGUUCCACCGUCAGAUUUUCCAUUGUUUCACCGUCAGAAGUUCCACUGUUCGACCAUCAGAGGUUCUACUGUUCCACCAUGAUUGUUCUACUCUUCCACCAUCAGAUGUUCUACUUUUUUACCAUCUUUGUUCCACUGUUCCACUAUUAGAUGUUUCACCGUUCCACCAUUAGAUUUUUUACUGUCCCACCAUCAGGUGUUCUAAUGUUCCACCAUCUAUAUCCCACUGUUUCACCACCUCUGUUACGCUGUUCCAGCAUCAGAGGUUCUACUGUUCCACCAUCAGGUGUUCUAAUGUUCCACAAUCUAUAUUCCACUGUUUCACCUCCUUUGUUACGCUGUUCAACUGUUCCACCAUCAGAUGUUCCACUGUUCCACCUUCAGAUGUUCCACUGUCCCACCACCAGAUGAUCUACUGUUCCACAUUGUCUGUUCCACUGUUCCACAUUCAGAUGUUCCACUGUUGCACCAUGAUUGUUCCACUUUUCCGUCAUUAGAUUUUCCAUUGUUCCAGCAUCAGAUGUUCUACUCUUCUACCAUCAGGUGUUCUACUGUUCCACCAUUAGGUGUUCUAAUGUUGCACCAUCUGUGUUCGACUCUUUCACCACCUCUGUUAUGCUGUUCCACCGUCAGAUGUAAUAGUGUUCCACCAUCUCUGUUCCACUGUUCUAACAUCAUAUCUUCCACUGUUCCACCAUCAGAUGUUCCACUGCUCCACCAUUAGAUGUUCUACUGUUUCACCAUCAGGAGUUCUCAAACUUUAUAUCUUUCACUGUUCCUUCAUCAGAUGUUCCACUGUUCCACCAUCCUUUUUCCACUGUUCUAACAUCAUAUCUUCCACUGUUCCACCAUAAGAUGUUCCACUGUUCCACCAUCAGAUGCUCCACUGUUCCACCAUCAGAUGAUCUACUGUUUGACAUUGUCUGUUCCACUAUUCCACCAUCUCUGUUCCACUGUACCACCAUCAAAUAUUCUACUGUACCACCAUCAGAUGUUCCAUUGUUCCAUUGUCAGAUGAUCCACUGUUCGACCAUCAGAGGUUCUACUGUUCCACCAUGAUUGUUCCACUGUUCCAUCAUCAGACGUUCCACCGUUCCAGCAUCAGAUGUUCUCGUUAUCCAUCAGCAGAUGUUCUACUGUUUCACCAUUAGAUGUUUCACCGUUCCACCAUCAGAUGUUUUACUGUCCCACCAUCAGGGGUUUUAAUGUUCCACCCUCUAUGUUCCAAUGUUUCACCACUUCUGUUACGCUGUUCCAGCAUCAGAUGUUCUACUGUUCCACCAUCAGAUGUUCUCCUGUUCCAAUACCAGAUGAUCUGCUGUUCCACAUUGUCUAAUCCACUGUUCCACCAUCUCUGUUCCACUGUUCUACCAUCAAAUUUUCUAUUGUUUCACCAUUAGAUGUUCCACUGUUCCACCGUCAGGUGUUCCACUGUUCCACCAUCAGAUGUUCUACUGGUCCACCAUCAGAAGAUCCACUGUUCCACCACCAGAUGAUCUACUGUUCCACGUUGUCUGUUCCACUGUUUCACCAUCAUAUGCUUUACUGUUCCACCAUCUCUAUUCCACUGUACUACCAUCAAAUGUUCUAUUGUUCCACCAUCAGAUGUUCCACUGUUCCACCAUCAGAGGUUCUACUGUUCCAUCAUGAUUGUUCCACUUUUCGAUCAUCAGAUGUUUCACCGUUCCAGCAUCAGAUGUUCUACUCCUCCACCAUCAGGUGUUCUACGGUCACACCAUUAGGUGUUCUAAUGUUCCACCAUCUGUGGUCCACUCUUUCACCACUUCUUUUACGCUGUUCCACCAUCAGAUGUUCCACUGUUCUAACAUCAUAUCUUCUACUGUUGCACCAUGAGAUGUUCCACUGUUCCACCAUCAGAUGAUCUACUGUUCCACAUUAUCUGUUCCACUGUUCCACCAUCAUAUGUUCCACUGUUCCACGGUCAGAUAAUCCACUGUUCCACCAUCAGAUGUUCCACUGUUCCACCAUCAUAUGUUCCACUGGUUCACCAUCAGAUGAUCUACUGUUCCACAUUGUCUAUUCCACUGUUCCACCAUCUCUGUUCCCCUGCACCACCAUAAAAUAUUAUACUCUUCCACCAUCAGAUGUUCCAUUGUUCCACCGUCAGAUUUUGUAUUGUUCCACCGUCAGAUGUUCCACUGUUCGACCAUCAGAGGUUCUACUGUUCCACCAUGAUUGUUCUACUCUUCCACCAUCAGAUGUUCUACUUUUUUUACCAUCUUUGUUCCACUGUUUCACUAUUAGAUGUUUCAGCGUUCCACCAUUAGAUGUUCUACUGUCCAACCAUCAGGUGUUCUAAUGUUUCACCAUCAGAUGUUCCCCUGUUUCACCAUCAGAUGUUCCACUGUUCCACCAUCAGAUGUUCCAUUAUUCCACCAUCACAUGUUUCACUCUUUAACCAUCUCUGUUCCUUUGUUCCAUCAUCAG